UGUUUUGAACUGCCUUCCUACAGACGUCAUACAAGCCUUGAAGAAUAGUUUCUUCCUGGCGAGAUUGAAUGAUAGUCCUCAUUCACAAAGGCUUGGAGUCAGAUUCCAAGCGGGGGACAACAACGACUGAAAUUACACUCGCAGGUAAAGCCGCGGGCCCAGCAGAGAAGAGCUCUGUUCCCCGGCUGGCUUCUUGGCUCCCCGGGGAGGAGUGUUUUCCUGUGGUCGCGCUGAAAUGGAACUUCCCUGACAGCUCUCCCGUGUUAGCGGGCUUGGCGGUGACUUUCUUUUCCUUUCACUCUACCUGGGUACUUUGAGACUGGUGGGGAACUUUAAGCCUGUGAUUAUGGAUUUGCAAAAAAAGACAAGAUCGAGUGGCUCUUUUACUGUGUGGGUUUCCCUUGUGACCAGAUGAAGAAUAGAUUCAAACUUCAGUUCCUCCCUUGGCAAUGCAAACAGAAAAAAGAACUGUCACUUCCGAACAGCCAAGUGCUGGAGUGAAUUCAGUAAGAAAGAGGGAAGGACUCCGGUGUCUUAGCAGCUUCCUUAUGUUCCGGACUCUGGGCAGGAGCUGGGCUCCGGGAACCCUGGAUUUCUUCAAACAGCCUCCCUGGAAAGUGGAAUAUAUUUGUGGAAGGACAACUGAACUGUAUUAAUCAGAAGACUUUCCUCCUUUUUUCUCUCCCAAAAUGAGUAUUAUUAUGAAGCCAAGGUCCCGGUCUACAAGCUCCCUGAAGACUACAGAGGCAGUUUGUUUUGAUGUGGACAAUGGCACAUCUGCGGGACGGAGUCCCUUGGAUCCCAUGACCAGCCCAGGAUCUGGGCUAAUUCUCCAAGCAAACUUUGUCCACAGUCAACGUCGCGAGUCGUUUCUGUAUCGAUCCGACAGCGAUUAUGACCUCUCUCCAAAGUCUAUGUCCCGGAACUCCUCCAUCGCCAGUGAUAUACACGGAGAUGACUUGAUUGUGACUCCAUUUGCUCAGGUCUUGGCCAGCCUGCGAACUGUACGGAACAACUUUGCUGCAUUAACUAAUAUGCAAGAUCGAGCACCUAGCAAAAGAUCACCCAUGUGCAAUCAACCGUCCAUCAACAAAGCCACCAUAACAGAGGAGGCCUACCAGAAACUGGCCAGCGAGACCCUGGAGGAGCUGGACUGGUGUCUGGACCAGCUAGAGACCCUGCAGACCAGGCACUCCGUCAGUGAGAUGGCCUCCAACAAGUUUAAAAGGAUGCUUAAUCGGGAGCUCACCCAUCUCUCUGAAAUGAGUAGAUCUGGAAAUCAAGUGUCGGAAUAUAUAUCAAACACAUUCUUAGAUAAGCAACAUGAAGUGGAAAUUCCUUCUCCGACUCAGAAGGAAAAGGAGAAAAAGAAAAGGCCAAUGUCUCAGAUUAGUGGGGUCAAGAAGUUGAUGCACAGUUCCAGUUUGACUAAUUCAAGCAUCCCGAGGUUUGGGGUUAAAACCGAACAAGAAGACGUCCUUGCCAAGGAACUAGAAGAGGUGAACAAAUGGGGUCUUCAUGUUUUCAGAAUAGCAGAGCUGUCUGGUAACCGGCCGCUGACUGUUAUCAUGCACACCAUCUUUCAGGAACGGGAUUUAUUGAAAACAUUUAAAAUUCCAGUAGACACUUUAGUUACAUACCUUAUGACCCUGGAAGACCAUUACCACGCUGACGUGGCCUACCACAACAAUAUUCAUGCUGCAGACGUGGUCCAGUCGACGCAUGUGCUGUUAUCUACACCUGCUUUGGAGGCUGUGUUUACAGAUUUGGAGAUUCUUGCAGCAAUUUUUGCCAGUGCAAUACAUGAUGUAGAUCAUCCUGGUGUGUCCAAUCAGUUUCUGAUCAAUACAAAUUCUGAACUUGCCUUGAUGUACAAUGAUUCUUCUGUCUUGGAGAACCAUCAUUUGGCUGUGGGCUUUAAGUUGCUUCAAGAAGAAAACUGUGACAUUUUCCAGAAUUUGACCAAAAAGCAAAGACAAUCAUUAAGAAAAAUGGUCAUUGACAUUGUACUUGCAACAGACAUGUCAAAACACAUGAAUCUACUGGCUGAUUUGAAAACUAUGGUUGAAACUAAGAAAGUGACCAGUUCUGGAGUUCUUCUUCUUGAUAAUUAUUCUGACAGAAUUCAGGUCCUCCAGAAUAUGGUGCACUGUGCGGACCUGAGCAACCCGACAAAGCCGCUGCAGCUGUACCGCCAGUGGACGGACCGCAUAAUGGAGGAGUUCUUCCGCCAAGGAGACCGCGAGCGGGAGCGGGGCAUGGAGAUAAGUCCCAUGUGUGACAAGCACAAUGCAUCUGUGGAGAAAUCACAGGUGGGCUUCAUAGACUAUAUCGUUCACCCCCUCUGGGAGACGUGGGCAGACCUUGUCCAUCCCGAUGCCCAGGACAUUUUGGACACUUUGGAGGACAAUCGUGAAUGGUACCAGAGCACAAUUCCUCAGAGCCCCUCCCCAGCACCUGACGACCAGGAGGAGGGCCGGCAGGGUCAGACUGAGAAGUUCCAGUUUGAACUCACUUUAGAGGAGGAUGGCGAGUCCGACACUGAAAAGGACAGUGGAAGUCAAGUAGAAGAAGACACUAGCUGCAGUGACUCCAAGACUCUCUGCACUCAAGACUCAGAGUCGACCGAGGUUCCCCUUGACGAACAGGUCGAAGAAGAAGCAGUGGGGGACGAGGAGGAAAGCCAGCCCGAAGCCUGCGUCAUCGAUGAUCGCUCUCCCGACACGUAACAGUGCAAAGGAUGUUCAUGCCUUUUUUUUUUUUAGUAGAAAAAAUUGUUUCCAAAGUGCAUGUCACAUGCCACAACCAUGGUCACACCUCACUGUCAUCUGCCAGGACGUUUGUUGAACAAAACUGACCUUGACUACUCAGUCUGGAGCUCAGGAAUAUUGUAACCAGUUUUUUCACCUCCAUGUCAUCAGACCGAGGGGGGCAUCUUCACGAACAGCAUUUUAACAAGAUGUCAGCUUGGUAGAGCUGACAAAGCAGAGAAAAAUCAAUUCCAAAAUAUUUCCAAGGGAGUGUGGCUCAUCAGGCAGCCCAGAAGUUGAUACGACUUGGGGUUUCUUUUCUUUUUAUUUGUUUGCAAUAUUUUCAGCAGAAAGAAGGUAUUACACAGACAGAGUGAACUCGUGAAUGAAACAACAAAUGGGUCAGGAACAGGACAGAGCGCGAAUCUGUUACCAGGAGGAAGAUGAGCCACAGAAAUUGCCUAAUUUUCUAAUUUCAAGUCUUCCUGAUACAUGACUGAAUAGUGUGGUCCAGUGAGCUGCACUGACCUCUAUAUUUUGUAUGAUAUGUAAAACAGAAUUUUUGUAGAGCUUACUUUUAUUAUUAAAUGUAUUGAAGUAUUAUAUUUAAAAAAAAAAAAAAACUAUGUUCAGAACUUCAUCUGCCACUGGUUAUUUUUUUCUGAGGAGUAACUUGCAAGUCUUCAGUACCAAUCUGUGCUACACUGGAGAAAUCUAAUUUCCGAAUUUUAUUGCACCUUAUAGUUCAUAGCAAUUAACUGAUUUGUAGUGAUUCCUUGUUUUACAUACCAAUGACUUCCAUAUUUCAAAACAAAAGCAAAUUUUAUGUUGCAGGAAACUUUGUAGGUCUUCAUUUACUUUUUUUGUUUCAUUCUUUCCAGAUAAGCAGAGUUGCACUUCACUGUUUUUCUUCAUGGUGUGCAAAGUGAAUAUUUGUUCAGUAAUACUUUGAUGUGCGUUCUUUCUAAUGUGUCUUAAGCCUCAUGCACACUCAGUCAUCCAUUGGUGUUGUCUGAAGCAAGUGAGAGAUAUAUAAAUACCCAGUAGCUAAAAUGGUCAGUCUUUUUUAGAUAUUUUCCUACGUAAUGUCUUCUGAUAACUUUUUGCUAUGUCGGUAGACCCUCAUUUCACAAGUGCAUGUCUUUGUAAUGACCCACAUAUGUCAUGCUCAUUUUCAUUGUUUUCACAGUCAUAGGACGAAAAACUUUUGUCCCUUGUGCUGCUCUAUCAUUUAGCGUGUGUUUGAACCUCUGUCCACCUUCACUAGAUAGGGUCUUAUCAAAUAUAUCAUUGCCAUUUUGAUUGAUGGGGAAAAAGCAGAUAGUCAAGUUAGGGUUAGCAUUCAUUUCUACUGCAAGGUCAUGUAGAAUGACUAGCUUUUACUCUUGAUUUACAGAGAAAAGCUAACAGCUAGUUAGGCAGUGUUAACAAUAUUAGCAGAAUAUAUUAACGAACACCACCAGUACAACUAAUGUGCGUUUUGUUUCCAUGAUUUUACCAUGGGAGUAAGAACUAUAUAAGGAAUAUUCUGGAGAAGUGAUUUUAAAUGUAGGAACUACCCUUCCUUAAUAGACAAGUACUUAAUAUGUAGAAACUGCUUUAUUGGUUAUCGUUGGUUCAUCGGUAGGUCUUGUAGAGGAGAACUUCUGUAAUAUCCUGAAGGAAAGUCAUUGAUGAUGCCACUAGCACCAGUGGUUUGGUAAUAUAAUGCCCUCCUAAAAUACUGGGUUGAGUAAAAAGAUUCUGCUGAAAUUAAAAAAAAAAAUGAGAGAGCACUUUUGGCUGAAUUUGGCACCAAGAACUAUUGCAAUUUUAGAGAUUAAUUUCCAGUAUUUAUCAUCAGUUGGCAUCUUGGGGCAUUUAUUUACUUUGGACUUUUUUUUCCAUUUUAGCUCUGAACAAAGUGUUUACCUUUUCUGUGAAAAGAUUGGAACCCAAAUAAUCAUUUUCAAAUUGAUAUCUAAGAAUUGGCAUAGAACUAAAGGGGGGUGUCUGACUAAAUGGGAAAUAAACAAACACUUAACGAAAAGUGUAACCCUGAAAAACAUUGAUAUUUAGGAAGGCAGGAAGCCUUCUGGGGAUGAAUAACAAAGUCAUCAGCCAGAAAAAUGGCCUGUGCUGAAGAUAGCUCCUGUUUUAAUCCCCUGAGAUCCCCUGAGGGAAAACCUGUGUAGUUCCGAUCUUCACACAGAGCAGAGCAGGAAUCAACUGAUUAAUGAUCAGAUCUCCACCCUCCUUUCCCUGUAAAGACCAGACAGUAACCUUUGAGACAAAGUCCUAUAUUUGUCCAGAUGGUUUCACAAGAACACUUGGAAACUUGUUUUAAUUUCAUUUCUCCCUAAUGGAGGUCUAGAAGAAAUGACAAAGAAUCUAGGGUUUAUUCCUUUUUCCAAAAUAGUCUCAUUCCCUCCUCUCCCUAAUACUUGGUAUUUUCCCCACAGAGUGCCUAGAAUCUUAAUAGUGAAAAACAAAAAAAAUUAAAGCAGCAAUAUGUCACAAACAAAUCCAGACCUGAAAGGGUUUAUAACUGCACUAAAAAAAGAGGGGUUUUUUUCCCCAUUUGUUGGGUUUUAAUGGUCACAUGUUGUGAGGGUACCCACUGAUUGACAAUCAAAUUGUAGAAAGUGCGUACUAUCCAAGAGACAGGGACUAAUGCACUGUACGAUCUGCUGAUCCUCUCCCUUCCUCCUCCUUGAUCUCCUUCUCUCUUGCCCAAGUGUGCUUCAGUAUCAUACACCGCUUUAAAAAUAACAUCCUUUCACAAGUGGCUUUACAUUUCCUAAAAUGCCAUAAGAAAAUGCAAUAUCUGGGUACUGUAUGGGGAAAAGAUUCCAAGUUUGCAUAUAACCAGUACAUUUCAGCUUGCAAGUUACUAAACAUAGUAAUGCUGUUUUGAUUUUAUUUUCUUUUACAUCACUUAAAAUUCACAAGAAAAUAAUGUAGAUAGAACAAAUUGCAGAUAAGGGAAAAAAAACUUGAAUGAAAUGGAUUUCACAGAAAGCUUUAUGAUAAUUUUUGAAUGCAUUAUUUAUUUUUUUGUGCCAUGCAUUUUUUUUCUCACCAAAUGACCUUACCUGUAAUACAGUCUUGUUUGUCUGUUUACAACCAUGUAUUUAUUGUAAUGUACAUAUUGUAAUGUUAAUUGUAAAUUAUCGGUUCUUAUUAAAACAUCAUCCCAUGAUGGGAUGGUGUUGAUAUAUUUGGAAACUCUUGGUGAGAGAAUGAAUGGUGUGUAUACAUACUCCUUGUACAUUUUGUUUUCUCCUGUAAUAUAGUCUUGUCACCUUAGAGCUUGUUUAUGGAAAAUUCAAGAAAAAAACUAUAAAAUACAUAAAGAUAUAUAAAUUUAAAAAAAAAAAAA